UGUCAUUUAUGGGGACACCCCAAGGAGGAACGGAAGCUUCGGGUGCUGGUAGGAGAUCGAGAGACAGGACCGGGGCUACAGAAGUCAACCUGGCCAGAGUGCAGAGAGAAAGAGGGAGGGACGGACGGACGGACGGGGGAAAAGAGUGGUGGAAGAAAAGUGUAAAGAUGACACACGGGAUUGAAUUAGAAGCAUUGGAAUUAAGAACAAUAGCCUACUCCACUGUUCAAUAUGAUCGUCCAACUCUGUUCCCCGUUCCCACUUUAUCCCCAUAACUUUUGACUCCUUUAAGCUCUAAGAACUAUAUGUCUGCUUGAAAGCAUUCAACAUUUUGGCUUCAACCACUUUCUGUGGCAGAGAAUUCUAUAGGCUUAGCACUGUGAGUUAAGAAGUUUUUCCUCAUUUCAGUCCUAAACAACCUACCUCAUAUACUCAGACUGUGACCCCUGGUUCUGGACUCCCUGGUCAUUGAAAACAUCUUUCCUGUGUUUAUCCUGUUAAAAUUUAUAGGUUUCAAUAAGAACUUCAUUCUUCUAAAUUCCAGUGAAUAUAGUCCUAAACAACCCAGUCUCGUUUCAUCUGUCUCUUGUCAGUUCUGCUAUUCCAGGAAUCAGUUCAGUUCUCAAGCCUGUGUGCAGCUUGAAGAUAGAGAAUCAAUGGGUCACUGAUUACUGUCUUGGUCAAGAGAACCUCAGAUGGGACAAAAACAAAGUUGCUGGAGAAGCUCAGCAGGUCUGGCAGCAUCUGUGAAGGAGAAAACAGAGUUAACGUUUCGGGUCCGGUGACCCUUCCUCAGAUGGGAGUCCGACCACGCAUGCGCGCGACUACCUGAGCAACCAAUAUGGCUAUCGUUGGGUUGAGCAGCGGGGAGUUUAUUAUUACGACAGAUUUAGAGGCUCUUAUCCGUUUGCGGUCGCCAACAGCUUUUUUACAAAGAUCGUCUCCUUUUGAAAACAACAUUUCCCUUCCAAGUACCUAGGCGUUCAGAGACUGUACUUCAGCUGUGGAGUUUCGGCCUUGCUUCCCACGAGUCCCCGCGCUGGAGAAACCACUCUAUCAGCCGCACGAGUGUGUGACUCAGGAGUGCGCAUGUGCAAAUACGAACAUAGCGCUACGCAUGUCACGGGAUAGACCUUUCCUAUUGGCCAACGGCACAGGACAUCACGUGGCGUUGGGUUCCGUUGUCUCGUUGUCCAGAAGGAGCUGGAGGAUCGGAAAGACUCUCUGAUCCUACAACCAAUCAGGUCAUCAGAAGGAACAGUUUUCAAACAGGAAACUCAAACCAAACAUCACAAGGACUGACAGAACUCAUCAGGACCUGAAUAUAAUCAAGCUUGUAAUUUGAAAGACAAUUGUUUAAAAUGUUCUGCCUGCUUAAACAUAUUUUAAAUAUCAGCAUGACUAGGAUAGCAUUACAACAAGCACAUACACCUGAGUUAAGGUAUUCCAGUGCACUGCUUUAAUCAGUUACACAGCGUGAGUGAGAGUGUUUCAGUGAACUAAUUGUGGAAAGAGCUUUAACCAGUUGCACAUCCUGGAAAAAACAUUGACUGAGCAUGUGUUCUUUGUGAACAAGGCUUUAAUUGGCUUCUGUCCAAGCCAGACAGAUUCAAGGACAUUCACACUAUGGAGAAACCGUGGAAAUGUAGGGUCUGUGGGAAGGGAUUCUCUACACCAUCUGCGCUGGAAACACAUCAACGCUGUCACACUGGGGAGAGGCCGUUCACCUGCUCGGAGUGUGGAAAGGCAUUCACUCAGUCAUCUUCCCUUCUAAAACACCGGCGGGUUCACACUGGGGAGAGGCCGUUCGCAUGUUUUGAGUGUGAGAAGAGAUUCAGUAAUUCAUCUCACCUGCUGACACACCAGCGAGUUCACACUGGAGAAAGGCCAUUCAUCUGCUCUGAGUGUGGGAAGGCAUUCACUCAGUCGUCCAACUUGCUGAUGCAUCAGCGGGUUCACACUAGGGAGAGACCAUUCACUUGCUGUGAGUGUGGGAAGGGAUUCAGUGACUCAUCUGCCCUGCUGACCCACCAGCAUAUUCACACUGGAGAGAGGCCAUUCACAUGCUCUGAGUGUGGGAAGGGAUUCACUCAGUCAUCCAAUCUGCUGACACACCAGAGAGUUCACACUGGGGAGAGACCGUUCACAUGUUCUGAAUGUGGGAAGGGAUUCACUCAGUUAGCUCACCUGCUGACACACCAGCAUGUACACAGUGGGAAGAGGCCAUUCACUUGCCCAGUGUGUGGAAAGGGGUUCAUUCAGUCCUGCAAUCUGGUGAUGCACCAGCGAGUUCACACUGGGGAGAGGCCGUCUGUCUGCUCUCACUGUGGGAAAGGAUUCAGAGAUUCAUCCACUCUGCUGACACACCAGCGAAUUCACACUGGGGAGAGACCAUUCAGCUGUUCUGAGUGUGGGAAGGGAUUCACUCAGUUAUCCAACUUGCAUUUACACCAGCGAGUUCACACCCGAGAGCAGCAAUUCUCAGGUUCUGAGUGUGGGAAAGUAUUAACAAAGGCACCUGACCUACUGACACAUGGAUGGGUUCACACUGGGGAGAGGCCUUUUACCUGCUCUGAGUGUGGGAAGCGUUUUGGUGCUUCAUCCGGUCUCCAGAGACACCAGCGAGUUCACACUGGGGAGAGGCCUUUCAUCUGCUCCAUGUGUGGAAAGGAAUUUACUGUUGCAUCUAACCUGCGGAGACACCAGCGAUUACAUGACAGGGAAAACCUGUUCACCUGCUCUGAAUGUGGGAGGGGAUUCAAUUAUUCAUCCAGCCUGCGGAAGCACCAGCGAGUUCACAGCGGGGAGAGGCCAUUCAACUGUUCUGAGUGUGGGAAGAGAUUCACUGAUUCGUCAAGCUUGUGCAAACAUGAACAAAUUCACUCUGGGGAGAGGCCAUUGACUUGUUCCGAGUGUGGGAAGGGAUUUGCUCACUUAUCCCAUCUGCUGACACACCAGCGCGUUCACACUGGGGAGAGGCCAUUCAUCUGCUCCAUGUGUGGGAAAGGAUUCACUCAGUCAUCCCACCUGCUGACACACCAGCGUGUUCACACCGGGGAGAGGCCAUUCAUCUGCUCCAUGUGUGCGAAGGGAUUCACUCAGUUAUCAAGCCUGUUGCGACACCAGAUGGCUCACACUGGAGAGAAGCCAUUCCCCUGCUCCGUGUGUGGCAAGGAAUUUACUCGAUCGACCAGUUUGCUGAGGCACCAGCGAGUUCACACUGGAGAGAGGCCAUUCACCUGCACUGUGUGUGGGAAAGGAUUCACUGAGUCAUCAAGCUUGCUGAUACAUCAACGCAUUCACACUGGAGAGAGGCCGUUCACCUGCUCAGAGUGUGGGAGGGGAUUCAUCGAUUCAUCCAGCCUGCGGAAACACAAACGUGCUCAUACUGGAGAGAGGCCAUUCAUUUGUUUUAUGUGUGGAAAGGGCUUCAGUGAGUCAUCCACCUUGCUCAGACACCAUGGUAGCCACAUCGAGUAGAAACCUUUUCAAUUCACUGACCGUGGGUGUUAGUUGUAUCAACUGAGGUGAAGUAUACACUGGUGGAAUGUCAUUGCUUGGAUGGUUACACGAGUGCAUAUAAAAGGACACUUAUUGACAGAGUAGAGUGAAAUCAGGAGAUAUAUACCUGUAAGGUUCCACUCUGUAAAUAAAUCUAUUCCAAGUAAAGAUUGACUCUAGUUUCUUCCUUUCCCUGAAGUCUGUCAGGAUUCCAACAAAAGUGCUAGUUUAAUGUUGAAGCUUGGAAAUUAAAAGAAAGCAAAAUCUCAGACAGAAAUCCAAGUUGAAUGAAGAGAAAUGGGGGACAAGUGGAAAUUGUCAGGAAUUGAUUGUUGGUCAAUGUUCUCAGAAUCAGAGCCAGACGAGUUAAAAGUUAAUCUCUGUGGCAUAUCUGCAUAGAUAAUAAAGCUUAAAACUGGAAAAUCAUAUAGUAAAUUUAGACACAACAUGAAACAUUUUAAAUCGCAUGUCUUUUUAAAUGCCAGAGAUUGUGCUUUAAGAGAGAGUGUUUCUGGUCAAGAAGAGGCCAGAACACCACCAGUUCUAGAGCCUCCUGUUUUGAUACAAACUGUAGUUAGCAGUUCAGAGUGAAGCAAAGCUAAUUAGCUCCAUGUAAGUGGUCCAGUUAUCAAAUUGUUGUGGAUGGCUAGUAACAUCUAUCCCAAUGGUUAAGAGAUAUAGAGCUGAGGGGUUUCCCAGAAGAAACCCAGAUAUAAUGUUGGGAUUUGCUGUAAGAAAUUGGGAUUUAGGGUUAGGAGUUUUUCAUUACUUACAUAUGAACAUGCAAACAUGAAUUAAAAGCAGGAGUAGAUCACUUGAUCCUUUGAGCCCAUUCCACCAUUCAAUAAGCUUAUAACUGAAGUGAUUACUCUAUAUUUCCACCUACCUCUGAUGUGUUUUAACCCUGCUGCUGAUUAAAACCCUCUGCUUCUGCCUUAAAUAUGCUCACCGCCUUUUGAUGAAGAGAAUUGCAAACAUUCACGACCCACUGAGAGAAAUUUCUCCUCAUCUCUUGAAAUGGGCAACCUAUUAUUUUGUAACAGUGACCCUCCAGCUUGAAGAAUUAUUUCUCAUAAGAGAACCUGCCCACUCCAGGUAUUAGUCUGGUAAAUCUCUGAGCUGCUCCCAAUGCACUUGCAUCCUCCUUUAAAUAACAUGACUAAUACUGUACACAACAGGACACUGGUGAGGCCAGUAAUAGAAUAUUGCAUACAAUUCUGGUUGCCCUUCUAGAGAAAGGAUGUUGUUAAACUUUGAGAGGGUGCAGAAACGGUUUACAAGGAUGUUGCCAGGAUUGAAGGGUUUGAGCUAUAGGAAGAGGCUGAAUAGCCUAGGACUUUUUCCCUGGAACGUCGAAAGCUGAGGGGCGACCUUAUAGGAUUUUAUAAACUCAUGAGGAACAUGAAUAGCCAAGAUCUUUUUCGUAGGGAGGGGAACCCAAAACUAGGGUCAUAGGUUUAAGGCGAGAGGGAAAGACUUAAAAAGAACCUGAGGGGUAACCUUUACGCGCAGAGGGUGGUGUGUGUAAGGAACGAGCUGCCAGAAGAAGUGGUGGAGGUGGGUACAAUUACAACAUUUAAAAGGCAUCUGGAUGGGUAUAUGAAUAGAAAAGGUUGAGAGGGAUAUGGGCCAAAUGCUGGCAAAUGGACUAGAUCAGAUUAGGAUGUCUGGUUGGUGCAGAUGAGUUGGACUGAAGGUUUCUGUGCUUUAUGACUAGACCAGAUGUGAUUUCACUAAUACCUGUAUAUCUGAUGUACGACCCUUUACUUUUAUCUUCAGGCAUAAACAAGCCAGCUUAAUGGCAGCCAUGUACAUGCUGCUGAUUGCCAUAAAAACCUAUUUGGUUCACUAAGGGAAAGAAUUCUGAUAGCUUUGCCUGAUGUGGCCUCCCAGAGACUCCAGAUCCACAGCUAUAUGGUCGACUCUUCCUAGCCAACAACACUCGCAUUCAAUGAUUUGAAUUUGGAAAGAAAUUCAAAUCUCCUCAAUGCUCUUUUAUUCCAUUGAAUUUCCUAAUUACUUGCUGUGACUGUAUACUGUCCAUCUGCAAUUCAUGCACUAGGGCUCGCAGAUUCACAGCACUGCAAUAUCUCACUAUUUCAAAGUUUUUAAAUACAAUUUCUCAUUUUCCCAAAUUAUACUCCAUUUUCCAGGUCUUUGUCCACUCACUUAACCUGUCUAUCCCUUCGCAGCCUCCUCAUAUCCCCUUCACAACUUAUUUUCCCCAACAAUCCUUGGGUUGUCAGCAAAUGUAGCAACUGCAUCUUUUUUCCCUUCAUCUAAGUCCUUUAUUAGAUUGUGAAUUUCCCUUAUGAGCCCAAAAGGCUCUCUACAAAUUGGUUCAACACAAUUUAUUUCACAGAACCAUGUUGACUCUGCCUCACUAUCUUAGACUUUUCUAUGUGCCUUGCCAUAAUUUAUUUAAUAAUCAAUUCUCACACCUUACUUAUGGUAGAUGUUUAACUGGCUUGUAGCUUCUUUGUUCUGUUUCAUGUUGAUUUUGAAAAAAGAAAUUCAUUGUAUUUCAUGGAACCUCCUCAAAUCUACCGAAAUUUGGAAAAUUAGAACCACUCGUUAACUUCCCAGCCACAUCUUUGGGAUAAAAUCGAUCAACACCUUGUUAACCUGCGAUUUCAACAAUUUGCUCAGUUCCCUAGAGAUUUGCAUUUUUCUUGAGUUCCUCCUUUACAUUUCCUAAUUUAAAACUGUUUCUGGGAUCUUGUAUCCUCUGUAGUGAAGACCAAUGUAAAAUACCUAUUCAUCUGCCAACUUCUGUUUUCCAAUAUUAAUUCCCCAGACUCGCAUUGAAAAGGACCAAUGUUCACUUUGUUAACUCUUCUUUCUAAUAUAUUGAUUAAAAACUCUAUAAAGCCAUAUUUUUAAAAUAUUUCACAUAGCUUUCUUUCAUAUUCUUAGCUGGUGAUGUGGUGUCUACAAAGCCAGCAGCAAUGGCAGCCCAGCAGGUGUUGGCCUAAGUUAGAUAAAAUAUGUUCAACCAACCUUUGAAUGUCAGGUUAAAUACAGCCCAGAGCAGGCAUUCUCAUCAUGAAGCUGGGUGUAACUUAAGAAGAUUCUUUGGUUUUGAUUUAUCUUGAUGUGUGUUUGUUGGGAGAAGUUAGUUGCAGUUUGGAGCUGGGAGAGUGCUGAGGUGGAAAAUUAGGAGAAGACUUGUGGAGUGAUAACUCAAUGCCAAGGAAACCAGUUACAUCAAAAAGAAGCCCCAGGAGCCAUUGAUUGUUUGGUGUAGUUGGGAGCGGGACAAAAGAAACCCACAGCAGUAUUUGCAACUGAAAAAGGUUGGAGCUUACAGAAAUACAUCAGCAACUCACUGAAUCUAGACAUUUGAUAAAAGCUGAGACUGUGCUGAGAACUGUGCUGGGAACAGUCUCAGCAGUCCUGGGGAAUCCAUUGUCUGGUUAGAAACUGAACGCCCAAGGCAUGAGCAGUCCUUCAGCUUGUCCUAGUCAGAGUGGCUCCGAGUGUGUUUCAAUGUGAAAGUUUCAAAAGUAAAGAUUUGGAAUUUCCUGUGAAGGAGGCAAGAGCUUUAAUUAAAUUGGGUGACCUACAGUGUCCCUAAGAUCUGAGUGGAAUCUGUCUUGACUGCACUGGCCAAUUAUUGUAGGCUGCUCAACCACAGUUUUAACUUAUAUUUUCCUCAAGUUAAUAUUAAUGUAUAUAUAAUGUGUAUGGUUUAGAAUAAUUAUCUUACUGAUUCACUGUACCUAUUUCGUCAUUACUGCUUGUCUUAUAUUUUAAGUUUGCAUAGUAAAGAUUAUUUUGUUUCCAUUUAA